UUUCGAAAUAUACAGCUUCCAGGAUCCCACUUCUGGUCCUUUUGAAUUGAAAUUUUCAUGGCUAAGAACCAUUGUCAUAAGAACACCUGGAGUUAGGCACAUACAAAGAAUAACUUCUGAAAUGAGCAUUACCUGGUGAACGGAUGGCUGCUAACAUCAAACGGAUGCUCCCUUUCACCUGGGAUAAGAGCCAAAGAACACAUGCGUUUCCCACCUCAUGCUCCUUCGGGAGGGUAACUCAAGCUGGCUUUAGACCCUGUGUCUAAUAUCUCUUGAGGACUCUGAGAGCCUUCAUCUCUUGCAAGUGCAGUCACUAAUGACUGAUUUUAUUAGGAAAGCGUGUCUUCCAGCACUCCCUAUAAAACCUCUUCAGCGCUGCCCUUGCCUACGGCCAGUGCUCUGAGCUAGAAGUGUAAAGACAAGUCUUCCACAUGCACUUCAUUUGCUUACAUGGCCUACGGUUCCCUAAGAAGAAGCCCACGAUUUAUAUCCCAGCCAAAGAGAAGGAUGGGUGGGCCAGCUCCACCUCUGGGAAGAAGAGGAGGAAGAAGAAGGAGGCAUAUUUUAGUUACAUGGGGAAAAUCCUAAAGCAAACCCACCCAGACUUCAGUGGGUGCUCCUGGAUCUUGGAUGCACUGGGAGCUCUGGAGGAUUGGUGGCUGGAACGGGUUAGCCUGGAAGCGGUUAGACUGUCCCUCUACAACCACAGAAGAACCGUCACCAGCAGAGAGAUCCUUGAGGUAGUCAAGCAGAGAUGCUCUCGGAAGAGCUUGGGAAUAAAUGAAGUGAAUCUGAAUGGCCCUGUUGUUGAAAUGAUUACACUUGUCAAACAAAAUUGGGUCCGUUGGAGGACUGAGCUGGAAGAUGAAGUAUCUGAGAAGAACCCGCUGCAGUGGUGGUCUCGGUGUGACACACCUGGUCUCUGGGUCUUGCAUUUUUAGCC